UCCCGCGGGCCCGGCCCCGCCCCCGCCCGCUCCAUCCUGCUUCCCUCCGAGUGGCAGGAGGAAGGGAAGCGGGCGGCGGCGAAGGGUCUCGGGGCCCAGGGCGCCCUCCGAGGAGGACGGGACCGACACGGAGCGAGGAAGGCGUCACUCCGAUGGAGAAUACCUAGGACGAUUGUAUAAUGGCAACAGAUGAUGAUGAAAUGACAUUUUCUAAUGUUCUGCAUGGCGCUUCUUCUUGCCAAGAAGACAAUGAUGAAAAUUCAGUGGAUAUUUAUGAUGAUCUAGACAGCACUCCAAUUGCUCCAAGCAACUCUUCUACAAAAGUGAUCCCAGACGGAAAUAAUUUAAAUCUGUUUGAUGAGAUCCUGAUUGAAGAAGGAACAGCGAAGCAAGCUAGUUACAAUGUGUUGCAGGCUGAAUAUGAGAAAUGUCAGCAACAACUUCAAGAGUUGAUGAAGAGAUUUCAGGAAAUACAGAAACAGAAUGCAGCUUUACAAAAUGAAAACCAAUCCCUCAAAAGAAAUAUUUCAGCCCUUAUCAAAACAGCGAGAGUGGAAAUUAAUCGCAAGGAUGCAGAAAUCAGUGCUCUCCAGCGAAGGCUACCUCAAACUCCAGUCCAUCAUAAUAUCUCCACUAGAACAUACUUCCCAGCACCAACUUACCAUGCAAAGAAAGACGGAGCCUCAAAAUCAAAAAGUGAACCCAGAGAUUUACUUCCAGAGAACAAUCAAGAAAUGGACAUUAGAACAAAACAAGCCCUCCCUAAGGAUAUACCUCAAGGUUAUACCUCCAGGGAAGUAGAGAACAAGAAACGUCAUUCAGAAAAAGGAGCAGCUCCCUAUAUACCCCCAUCAGACCCUGAGGAGCUUUACAGCAAUGAUGCUCAUUCAAACCUGGCAAAUGUUGACAAAGAGGAGAAGAAAGACAUGCAUCAUAGCAAGGAGAAGGAGCACAAAUACAAAACAAAAGCACAGCAAUAUCCAGAGAGCACAUCAGAUGGACUAUUGAAUGCUCAUGAAAAGUUGCACGUUAACUCAGAAAAAACAGUUAGAAAUGGAUUCUGGAAAGAUAAGGGUUUAAAUAUCAAGUGCAGCCCAAAUGCAGAAAAACAAACGGAUAUAAUCCCUUCUACUAGGGAGAAACUGUCUACUCCAACAGAUAGAUUAUUGCCAAAAACUGGACACUGCAAUAAUGAUGGAGCUAAAAAGGCAAAUAUAAAUCAGAAGGACUUUGAUACCCGAAGCAAAGAGGAAAGAAUCAGACAACCAGAUAGGCAUUUAGAACCACAAGGAAGUGCUGCAUUUGCUGAAAGGAAUGCAAUUGCCAAAAGUUCUCAAAAAUCAAGUAAGAGCUGUGUGGAGGAGAGAAAGAUCACAGUCAACAAUUGUGGAAGAAACAAGGGAAGAAGCAACCAUGGCACCCAUGGGGGAUUUUCAGAUCCAGCACUACCUGUUUUUAAUAGAGAGCCAAGACACGGCCAUCUUAAGGAAGAGAACAGCAAAUAUGAACACAUGCAUUCAAAACCAGACACACAUCGGACGGAAGAGAAAAGGAAAAGCGGGCGAGACAAUCCGAGAGAGAGUAGAAGUUCUUCUCAGAAUGAAAGAAGAGGUUCAAAGGAGAUAUUGCAAAAAACAGCAAGAAGGGCAACUAAGAAGGAAGACAAUUCAGAAAAAGAGGAAGAGAAAUUCCUCAGAUCGGAAGAAACCGACAAGUCGGUUGGUGAUAUGGAGGAGCCCAUGUCUACAAAAGCUGGUAGAGCUGAGGAGCAAACCAAAAGCAAAGACUUAAAACUGAGCUUUAUGCAGACACUAAAUUUAACUCUUUCUCCUGCUAAAAAACAGACAGAUAAUUCGAUAACCAAGGUCUGUGACAUAGACAUUCCAAGUCAGAAAGUACUACUAGCAUCACGUGAAGAAAGAAAGAAAAAUGAGGUCCAGCUCUGUACCAGCUUUGUACCACUUGAGCCUAUUACAACCAAGCAAACAAAAAUACCACUGUUACCCUGCCAUGAUAAUCCUGUUCAGACUAAUAAGGAAGAAAUAAUAUCCAUUUCUGAGGUCAAAAUGCAGGUGAAAAAUGAAGAAGCCUUGAACAGAGAGCCAAGUAAAAUGCCACCAUCCCCACAGAACACAGAAGGGCAGUAUGAAAUGGUUCCUAAUACCAAAACGGAAAGAGAAGAAAGCCCCAUGGAUCCAGACAGUCCUUUCAAUGACUUGGAAACUAUCAGUUCUGUGGAUUUUGAUUCUCUUAGUGUCAUAGAUGAGAUACAUGGAUCAGAUUCAGACUCCUCGAUGGAAGAAGGAGAAUCUGGGAGUAGUAAAAAGAAUAAAAUAUUGGUGUCUCCUGAAAAAGAAAGUAAACCUGUGCUUUGCACACACACUGCGGACAAAGGCAAGAUAACAAAUGAUGGUGUUCCUAUAGUCAACCAUAAUUUGAAGCCAAAUUCUCCUGAAGAUGGGAGCUUUUUGGAAUCAUUACGUCAUCCAGAGUUAAACCCUACACCUCAGCCAAGGGACACAAACCCAGUUUCAGUUGAUGACGAUAACUCGAUCCUCAGUAUUGACCUUAAUCAAAUGAGGGGAAUUCCAAAAGCAAUCAGCCCACUUAACAGUCCGAUCAGACCUUUGGCUAAAGCCCUCCGUAUGGAAAGCCCUUACAAAGGCCCUGUGAAAAGUCAUAAUGCAGAUUUUGUUCCUGAAGGUGCCGCUGUCUAUAGUGGAAGAAACCAGUCUAGUGAGCUGAACAAGGAAAAUGAAAAGCCACUUGGCACAGAUCACCAGGUGUUAGAGGUAUCUCAGCUGAACAUGUCUUCAGAGGAAUUGGAAGAAGGGGAAAUUGUGAGUGAUGGCGAUGAGCCUAAAAUAGGACAGAGCUCUGAGAACAGUAAAAAGUCAAAAAGGAAAACCUCUCCUGAUCGAUCUCAUAUGUCCAAGAAUACCUGCAAUCACAAGGUCAAGUCUACACCUUCAAGUGAAGAUGAUGGAAAAUUGGGUCCUGGGAAAAAAGGUAAAGGAAAAACCCACGAUGAAACCUUGAUGUCCUCCAAAGAAAUGAAGAAAAACAAAGCUGUGAGCAUUGAUUAUCUUGAAAGAAUCGUUCAAAUUACCGUUAAACCUGCUACUGUACAUGAGUUUAUGCACAUGCUGAGAGCCAUAAGAAAACAAAUGCGGAAGAACUACAUGAAAUUUAAAAUACAGUUUCCAGUACAACACUUUUACAGGAUUAUAGAUUCAGCCGUUGUAAAUUUUACUUCACUGGUGAAAUACCUUGAUUUCUCUAAAAUGGCUAAAUCAAGUGAGGCUUUAAAACUGGAUCUCUGUGAAGUCAUUGAAUCUAAACUUAACCAGAUCAAAAAGAAUAGUGCAAUAGAGCAUCUGUUUAAACAGCAACAAUCCGAUAUGAAGAAAAAAUUGUGGAAACUUGUGGAGGAGCAACUUGACUACCUGUUUGAUAAAAUUAAAAAAAUGCUCCUAAAGUUGUGUAACUUGGUAAAUUUUGGAAAUGAGAGUAAUGAAACUAAGCUUGACAAAAGAACAAAAGAAAAUCCCAAAUGCCUUCCAAGUCAUAAAAGUGAGAGAAAGAAAUCAAAGAAAAACACUAGAACCCGAAAACAUAAUGACUGUGUCCUUCCAAAACCAGGUAACCAACAGUCCAAGGGAAGUUACCUUGAAACAAACAAGAUGGACACACAUAAAAAUACAGCCACAAAGUGUAAACGUUCCUCUCCAGAUAAUGCAAAACAUUCUCAGACAGAGCUUUUCAAGGAAAAGUCCAAACAGGAUACCACUCUGAAAGUUGGAAAAUAUGAAAAGGAAGAACCGCACACUGUUGGAGAUCCUCACAAGUCUGAUGUGAGCUGUGGGCCUCUCACAGAACAACAGAUGUCUGGCCUGACAUUCAACCUCGUCAAUGAUGCUCAAAUGGGCGAAAUGUUCAAAAGUUUGCUACAAGGCUCAACAGAUCUUUCAGAAAAGAAUGUUGACUUCACAGAUGAAAAUCAGUGGGAGUUCAGGACACCAGAAAAACACACCAUAGAAGGAGGACAUAAUGGUGAGGAUGAACUUGCAUAUGAGGCAGAAGAAUCUAUUCAGAAGGAGAUCCCACUAGAGUCAAAGGUGCUGGAUGGCAUUAAAUGGCCUACAGUUUCUUCUGAAAGAGAUUCAUCAUUUUUAGCAAGAAUGCAAAUGCCAAUUGAUCCAGCUAUUCUGGAUGAGAGCUGUAUGUUUGAAAUUCCUAAUAGUCCAGUUUUGAAGAAAGGGGAGGCGUGUACUUCAGAUAAACCAAAAUCGCUUGUCUCAUCUAUCCUUCUGGAAGAUCUAGCAGUGUCAUUAACUAUCCCUUCUCCUUUGAAAUCAGAUGCACAUCUCAGUUUCCUAAAACCUGAGGUGUUGGGGUCUGUUCCAGAGGAUGUUCUGAACGCACACCUCAAUGAAGAUGCACAUCUUGAUGAAGAGGAUGCUUCUGAACAGGAUAUCCAUUUGGCUUUGGAAUCGGAUAAUUCAAGCGGUAAAUCCAGUUGCUCUUCCUCAUGGGUAGGUCUGCCCCCUGCUUCUGGAUUUCAGUACUGCCCAAGCCUGCCAAUGCAGGCGGUAAUAAUGGAGAAAUCAAAUGAUCACUUCAUUGUUAAGAUAAGGCGUGCUGCACCAUCUUCCUCCCCUGUCCUUGAUCAAGUGCGCCUUGUAAAUGAGCCCCUGACCUGUCAUAUUGAGGGAGGAAAAUAUGAAAUUACACCUGAAGAAAAAGUAGGUACUUUGAAUUUUAAAAGCAUAACAUUGGAAGAUGCAGCAGCCUCUACGGACAAUGCAACUAUUAGGGGUAACACUCCUGUUGGAAAAGAACAAGUUCCUAACUCACAGGGAUGCAUGAAGGAAGUUUCCAAAUGUCUUGAGAGGGUGCAAAAACCUGCUCAAUCUGAAACCCAACAAAACAUCAAUCUUCAUGCUUCUGAUGAUUCUCCCAAAGAGUCCCUUUUUAGCAAUGUGAGACAAAAGCAACCUUGUGGCAUGCCUGAAUUCCUUCAGGAGCCAUGUACUAAUAUUUGUUCAAAUCUAGGCCCUGACUUACCUGGGUCUUAUCCGGGGUUGGGUAGUCAUGUUGGCUCAAAAGAAGCUUCUGGUCUACAAGACCCUUCUAAAGAACGAAAGGAACCUUUUGUGUCUUUGAAAGAGUCCUCAAGUAAAACAAUCCAGCAGGAAGACAGCUCUGAUGUUUUUAAACUACCUCAGACACAGACAUUGACAUUUUCCCCAAAAAGUGAUGUGCAGUAUACUAAAGAGCAAUGUUCUUUGGUUAACUCAGAGUCAAUUGCACUUGUAGAAGACUUGUCCUCCAGGAGACAUUUUGGUAGAUGUGCCGAUGUAAAAGAAGAGACUCCCAUGGAAAAUGAAGCCGAUUCAUGGAAUCUCACAGUGGAAUCUGCUCUAAAUGCUAGAACAGAAAGUUCAUAUAAAGAUAAAGUAGAACAAAAGAUGAAUAGAAAGGACCACUGUGAAGCAGGUCGUUCUUCAGAGAUUGCCAUUGAAGCAGUUACGAAUUUGACAGAGGAGCUGCUUGACAAGUCUGUGGUCAAUGUGAAUUUGGAAACAAAAUCUGCUCUAAGUAGUCAUGAUCAAGGACACCAAAUGAGUAAAGUAAGCAAAAAAAGGAAAAAGGAGGCAGAAGUAGCAACCAGCACUAAAAGAUAUAGAAAGGAAAGUAAUGAUUUGACUUGUAAGAAAAAUGGCAAAAGUCAAAAAAAAUCUAAAGAGACUAAUUCAGUAUCCCCAAGUACAUCCAGUAAAAAGAAUACAUCAACUAGUGACAAAGAUUCUUUUCUAUCAACACUAUCUGUGUCACCAUCAAGUCUUCGUGCUAAAAAUAUAGUCAAGAGGAAAGGAGAAGUCCUAAUUUCUUGGACAAGAAAUGAUGAUCGGGAGAUUCUGUUGGAAUGUCAGAAAAAAGGACCUUCAGGGAAAACCUUUGCUUCUGUUGCUGCCAGGUUAAACAAAAGUCCAACUCAGGUUGAAGAGAGAUUCAAGCAAUUAGUGAAGCUAUUUGAGAUGUCGAACUACAGUUAGCAGCUGAACUGCUGCUGCAAGUGAUGGAAUUAUUUGAGAAAAUAUGCACUGCGUUUGUGUGAGAAAGGCAGAGUGCUGUUGUCCAAGUCAGAAUAGCAGUCUAAUGGUUUUCCCUUUACCUGCAGCUGCAAUGCUCCAUUUAUACCUACAGAUCUGUUAAUUGCCUUCUGAAUUACCCACUGGUUCAUGUUGGAAAGUGCCAGAAUUGUAGAAGUCUCAACCCAUUAUGGAAUGCAGGGAGAAUGGGAAAACAUAUACUUCCUGUUCCCUGUUCCUAUUUUGCCUUAGUAACUUCAUUUUGUAUGAUGCAAUAAACUUAUGUGAUGCAGAAAAAAAUAAAAAGGGCCAUUAAAACACCACACGCUCUCUUUUCCUUUCCCUUUUAGAGAGCAUUAACAGAAAUUUUGAAGGUUUGCAAUGUCCAAACCUUAAUAUUCAUUGGAUGCGUUUAAGAUCAUGAAAGGUUAGAAUUCAUACAAUUUAUUUUGGGAAUAAUAAGCAUGUAUUUUCUUGUGCUUGAUAGAACAUCUUCUAUAAGUCUGCUCAUACUUUUACUUUUCACGGGCUGACUUGCUUUAUUCAUUGUAUCAUUUGCCUUUAAGAUCAUGGAUGUCUAACCAAAUAUGCAAACAUUUUACAUAUAAAAUAAAUGUGCAAUAUGAAUAUGUAGUCCAAAAGGUGCCUUAAUUAAGAACUCAGAGUUUAUAUUUAAGGGUUAUUGGGAUAAAACUGAUCUGUACCCUGUCCUCAAAAGUCCCAGACAUUUAGGGAUUUUGUUUUGACAGCCAUCUCCAUACAACAUGUGUGCAACAACCAAAGUUUUAGAAAUGAUACCCCCCAUUUUUUAAAAAAAAAUAGUCUGUUGGUUUUAUAUGGCAUAAAACAACAAAAAGCCCUGAAGUUUGUUAUUUCAAAAUGGAAACGACCACAUUUCCCAAAAGCAAGUUUCUGCCAUUCUGUCUUGGAUAUAUAUGUGUGUAUGGUGCAUGUAUGUACUGUAUAAAUGUUGCUCUUAUGUAAAUAAUGUACAGAGUUCUUUGUUGUAUAAAAUAUUGUGUUUAAAUAGUUUCUUUAUCUGAACAUUUUUGAUUACAACAAACAGCUUUUAUUUUGUAUAAUUGAAUGCUGCAUAUUGUAAUAGCGGCAUCAACUCUUGUAAAAUGAAUGCACUUAAUGUUCAUUAAAAAGUUUGACUCUGAA